AUGGUUUCUGACGCCGAAAUCGUUCGUAGACUACGUGAGAUCUUGAACGAGGCGGACCUUGACGUUACUACAGAAAAGAGCAUACGCAUGCAAUUAGAAGAAGAGUAUAACAUCGACUUAUCGGAACGGAAAAAGUUCAUUCGACAGGAAGUUCAAACAUAUUUGAACGAGAGACCUGCAUAUGAAGAGGACGCUGGUCAUGAAGAGGAGCCGCCGCACCAUGAAGAACCUCAGAAGCCUUCUAGAAAGCGGAAGGCUGCGAAGGUCACAAAGGAUGGAAAGGAGCCGAAGAAGCGCACUGGUGGUGGUUUGAUGAAAGUAUGCGGCCUUUCCGAUGAGUUGGCGGCACUUUUAGGAGCUAAAGAAAUGCCAAGAACAGACGUGGUCAAGGGUAUCUGGAAUUACAUCAGAGCACACGAUCUUCAAGAUCCGUCAAAUAAAAGAGUCAUCCGGUGCGAUGGUCCUUUAGGCCAUUUGUUGGGAACAGAGGUCACUGAUAUGUUUCAGUUGAACAAGUUGCUGACAAGUCACAUAAAGUCGCUUCCUGGUCCAAAUGGAGAAAUGCCUCAACCAAAGAAGCCCAAAGCUGAACCAGGUGCAGGGGGGUCCAGGGGAGCUUUCGCGCAGCCACUUCCCAUGUCACCGCAGUUGAUUAAAUUUCUGAAUUGUGAAGAGACAGAGCUGCCAAGAUCGGAGGUUGUCAAACGGGUCUGGGCGUAUAUAAAGGAGCACGACCUUCAGGAUCCGUCAAACAAGAGAAAUAUUCUGUGUGAUGAGCCAAUGAAAGAGAUGUUUGGAGUGGACAACUUCGUUGGUUUCUUGAUGACAAAGCUCUUGUCUCCUCACUUCAUCAAGACAACUCCUGGAUCCCAGAACCCACUUGCAGUGCACUCUCCUGAAGAUUCUGGUGAUAGAGGAGAUGCUUACUGA